CUUCCCAAAACGUGUCCACCAAUAGCCAAUAGGGCGCGCCUUCCCAAAUCGGCUGUUUUUUUUGUAGGGCUGAGCCUGUGACUAAAGCAAAUCUCGCGCUCGCCCCGGGCCUCUCUCGUUCUUCUCCUCUUUCCUCUUCUUCAACGAUCGCAACCAAAGCUUUCAACAACAUCAACAACAACAUUCUGUCUUCAUUUUCUGCAAACUGCAACAACGCUUUUCAUCUCAUCAAUCACUCAGCAAUCACCAUCAACAAAAUGCAACAACCAAGAUCGAACGAGUUGUCCCCCAUUGGAGCCUUCCUCAUGAGGAUCCUUUGGCUGCUCUUCACAUCGGCCGCCAACUGCCUCCAGCUUCUCGACGCCACCUUGUGGCCGGCUUGGAAGGCAUCGGUCAUGUGGCUGGACCACCACACCAUCGGUACAAUCAUCAGCAUUGUCGACGCCGUCACAGGCACACACUCACUUUCGACAAUCACGCCGUUCGGUAUGCUGGCCAGACUCGCCGCAUCUCUGCUGUACAAAAUCAUCGACUGGUUCCCCGAGGUUCCAUCGUUCCCUGAGCAGAGGUGUGGUUCCAACUAUCGCAGUUGUUCGACUCAGACAACAACGGACGAUCCCAACAUCUCAGCCAUGCUGGAGUUCUUCGGUUCUGGUCUCGACUACCUCACCGAGUUCUUCGCCACUGGUCUGAAGUCCGUUGUGUCACCCUUCGACGGCAACACUCCCAAGUCCUCGACUUCCUCUCUCGUCGCUGUCCCGCGCACCCCUGUGAGACAGCAAAGCUCGCUCGCCAACAAGACCAAGAGCACGAGUCCCUCGUUUUACGGUUCCGACGAUGACGCGGCCUAGAGCCCUGCUGAUUCCAAAGGUCCCGAUCUCGACAACUUUUCCGUCUGUUCAUCGUUCCAUCCAUCGGGCGAAGAAGACUGGUUAUCAGAUCACUCUUUCUUCGACAGCCCAAUUCCAGCUGUCAAGAAGGAGCAGAAAGCGCGCGUCGCAAGGCGCGGAUCUGGUUCGGACUCGGACACCUCCACGCUUUCGGAGAGAGAG